CUUGARAUGAACAARGAAAGUCUCGCAGCAGGCCUGACAUGCAUGCUUGAGGAACAAGCUCCAAKCAAUGUGGCCCAAUUYAAGGCACAGAUGGAAAAUUACUUCAUACAAGGAGCUGCAAGGAUUGAUCUCAUCGCAAAGGUCAUCGAUCUAGACAAUGAGAUCGGGGGAUACAACUUUGACAUUCCAAACUUGGAAGGGGCAGAGAAUGAGCUUCUUUCUCUGCGCAGUAUCGGUGCAUCUCCGAUUGAAGAGAACGUCGAGCAGAGGUUCCUUGACGAUCUCCUGACAACCUAUAAGCAAAUGGAGACGAGUUUUUCUAAACAACUCUACUUGUUUUAUAAAAGCUUUGAUUUCCGUACACUAUGGGAUGAAACGGCCAGGUUGACUKCUUUUGAACGGACUGCAAGCGAGGCUGCUKCAGGCACUGGACAACUACAAGGUGUUGUGCAACUUAACAAUGCUCUUCUGGAAAUAGAUGACCUCGAAAGCCGAUCACGACAGUGUUUUACAAGAUUCCYUKCCAUURAURAUSCUGUUCAUAAAUGGUCAUUUAAUAAUGUCAACGACCCAGUGUUAUUUCAAGACCUUCAUCAAGGCAAAGCAAACUUACUUUUGGGACUCGAGGAGAGCUGUCCAACGUGCUACAAUGUUCGUGUGUUAAAGAUUUACGUUGAGCUAUUUGGAGACAACACACAAGAGGAGAACGGUUUACCUAGUAUAGUCCAUUUAAGAGUGAGGCACGGAGGUUCUUCAUAUUUCAAAGAUGGAAAUGGAAACAUCAAACAGUUUCAUCAGAAACUUGCAGACUCGUCUUGGCGAAAGAUUACGUUCGACCGAUUUUCGAUAACUAAUGAGGAUAAAUGUAGUACGGAAAGAGAGAAGGGAAACGGUUAGUAUGGUGUUGUUUUAUUGUUGUUUUGUUUUGUUUUUCUUUUUUUCAUGAUAUUUUUUUUGUCUUUAAAUACUGCUGUCCUUUGAUGAUUACUAGA